AUGGUCGUCAAAGUAGGAAUCAACGGUUUCGGUCGAAUCGGUCGAAUCGUUCUUAGAAAUGCUAUCGAACACGGUGACAUCGAAGUUGUUGCCGUUAACGAUCCCUUCAUCGAUCUUGAAUACAUGGUCUACAUGUUCAAAUACGACUCUACCCACGGUCGAUUCAAGGGAACUGUCGAGACCAAAGAAGGUAAACUCUUCAUCAACAACAAGCCCAUCUCUGUUUUCGGUGAACGAGACCCCACUGCCAUCAAAUGGGGAGAGGCCGGUGCCGAUUACGUCGUCGAAUCAACCGGUGUCUUCACCACCACCGAGAAGGCUAGUGCCCAUCUCAAAGGUGGUGCCAAGAAGGUCAUCAUCUCUGCCCCUUCAGCUGAUGCCCCUAUGUUCGUCUGUGGUGUAAACCUCGAGCAAUACAAGCCUGAGUACCAAGUUAUCUCCAACGCUUCUUGUACCACCAACUGUCUUGCUCCUCUCGCCAAGGUCAUCCACGACAACUUCACCAUCGUUGAAGGUCUCAUGACUACCGUUCAUGCCACCACCGCUACCCAAAAGACUGUCGAUGGUCCAUCCAACAAGGACUGGAGAGGUGGUCGAGGUGCUGCCGCCAACAUCAUCCCCUCUUCCACUGGUGCUGCUAAAGCCGUCGGAAAGGUCAUUCCUGACCUCAACGGUAAACUCACUGGUAUGGCUUUCCGAGUCCCUACCUCUGACGUCUCCGUCGUCGACCUCGUCGCCCGAAUUGAGAAGGGUGCUUCUUACGAUGAAAUCAAGGCUGUCAUCAAGAAGGCUUCCGAAAGUCCUGAACUUAAGGGUAUCUUAGGUUACACUGAAGACGAAGUUGUCUCUACCGAUUUCACGGGAUCAACCGAGUCCUCCAUCUUCGAUGCUAAAGCUGGUAUUGCCUUGAACAAGAACUUCGUUAAGCUUGUCAGCUGGUACGACAAUGAAUACGGUUACUCUCGACGAGUCUGUGACCUCGUCGCUUACAUUGCCGGUGUUGAUGCUAAAGCUCAAUAA